AACGGCGCUCAUCCUCUCCCGCUGAUGGACCCCCUCAUCCCUCACCCCAUUACUACCUGCGACCCGCGCGCCAUCUGUUAGAAGCGAAGCUCCCUAAUCAAUUCCUCCAGCCCGCCCAUUGAACCUGUAUAUCCUCCCUAGAAUCCUUGAUUGAGACCGUGUAUCCUCUUGAUAAAGAAACCUUGGCGGGGGAGGACGAGCGUCGAUUCAAAGUAAGGAUUCUAUACUAAGUCUUGUAUAUUCCUUGAUUCAAACAUGGGAAAGAACACAAGCCGCAGCAGUUGUUGCCUUUGUGGCAAAAACAAGAAAACGCAUCCAGGGUUGAAGCUUCACGCAUUCCCCGAGAACGCUAAAAGAUGUUUGGAAUGGCAGAGGGUGUUGAAGGUGAAACUCGUGAAGAGGUCACAAGCCAUCUGUGGGGACCACUUUGAUGCAAAGUGGAUCGGGACCAAAGGGCAGCUACUUUCCAAUGCUGUCCCGACCCCCAUAGAUGGCUGUGAAGAAGACGAUGCCUCUUACACGGAAUAUUAUGAAGAUGACAUCAUCGAUGCCCCUGAGAUGAGGAACGCAAGCCUCGUUUCAAAAGAGCUGCCAUUCAAUCAGAAAUGUUCCACAAAUGAUGAGCACCUGGUCCCUCAGGCUACACAGUGCCACACCACAGGUGAUCAUGAAAAUGAGCCAGAAGACACUGAGUAUAGUUCAGAUGAUGAUCUUGCUUUCUGGCAAAAGAUGAAAAAACGUUCAAAACAAAGGCUCAAAAAGUCAUAUAGAAAAAAACUUUUCCACAAGUAUUUUCCAGAUCAGAGUAGUUCAAAAAACUCUCCUGUGAACAGUCAGAAGGAUCAAAAUUCACUAUCGACAAAAGAAGGCAACAAGACAUCUAAUAAAGUGAGCAGUGUUGUGAAGGGAUCAGAAGAUGAUUGGAUAACUGAUGAUGAAGAAGAUGAUGAAGAUGAUGAAAACAUAGACUUGGCCUUCAAGAGAGAGUGGGAAGAGAAACGUCUUCCACCUAACACUAAGGAGAAGAACUUUGUAUGCAGCAUUUGUGGAAAGGCAUAUUCAAAGUCCAGUUUCUUGAGAACACAUAUUGUCAGAAAGCACAAAGAACAUGAGGAAGCCAAGAGGUACCCACAUUUUUGUCAACAUUGUAGGAAAGUUUAUCUCAGAGAGAAAGACCUGAUGAAACACAAACAGCAGUUCCGUGGGCCGUGUGAAAUAUGUGGAGUGGUGCUGGGAUGCAGUGAUCUGUUUUGGGUACACAGAAGAGAUCAUGACAGCAUAUGUAAAGUGUGUAACAAGGAAUUCACAAAAAUGUCUUCAUUAUACAUCCACAUGAAGAUAGAACACUCAGAAAAUCCAUUAUCUUGCUCAGUCUGUGAUAAACGAUUCCAUUGUGAAUCCGUAUUGAAGAGGCACAUUACAAACAUACAUGAUAAUCUUACACUACAAAAAAUAAUAACCAAAUGUGAUAAGUGUGAUUUCUCAGCUAAGACACAAAGGGCUCUAAGAAUUCACCAGGGUUUGGUCCAUCGCCUAAAACCUAAUUUGUUUACCUGUAAGAAAUGUAAAAAGACAUUUAGCACUCGAGUAACUUAUAAGAAUCACGUUGCCACACACAGAAAAAGAAGCAUUAUUUGUCCUUUGUGUUCUAAUAAAUUUACAUCAGAGGAUGAAUUACAAACACACACAGUAUCUGUCCAUGAAGUUUCUGAUAGUGUAGGUAGAGGUAAGGAGACACUAUCAAGCCAUCUAGAUAGCAGCCAUUUGUCACAGUAUGCAUGUGGCUUUUGUAACAUAACAUUGGUUAGUAAUGAAGACAUAUCUCAGCACAUGCACAAGUAUCAUGACAUGGACAUAGAUUCUCCCAGGGAAAUAAGACUACAAAUUGAACGUGUCCGUCUUUCAGAAAUUGAUAAAAAUGCUAAAGGUGUGAGGAUUGUAGGCAGUGAGGAGACAUACCCUCAGGAGCUAGACAAACCCACACACUUUGGCAGCUCCAGUGAUAAGUUAUCUUUGCUUGUGCCACCCAGUGCAAUGCCUUUAAAUGUGAAUGUGGUGGAGGUUAAUGGAGUGCAGUACCAUGUUGUCAGGAAAGAGCAGCAGCAUUAAUCUCCUGUGCUAAUGUAGUGUAUCAUCCAUUUAUCAUUUUAACCCUUACAGUGUGAGAGGCAGGAUUGUGGCUUUUUAUGGCAUGCCACUCCACGACCGAUUGUGGCUUUCUUCAUAUACCAUGCAUAUUUUAUAACACACAAGUUGUUUAUGCUUGAGGCUGUGUGUCAUACAUCAAGCCCAGUCAUUGGUCCUUUGUUUCCAGCGUAAUGGAUACUUGGCCAAUCAUGCCCCAACUUUUACCAUGUUUUGUUUAUGCUGAGUCUCCAGAUCUUCCCACCUAGAGUACACUUUAAUGAUGGGAGUUUUAGUUUAUUACUUUUGAUCAAUUCGUAGGAAAGACAGCAGAUGUAUAUGUAUUUCUAUGAGUAAACAAGUGCUUCCGGCACAUUAAAUGAUGCAUAAUACUUGAUUGUUAUUUUGUUUUGAAUGAAUGAGGCAAGAGUGAAUUGAGCAGCAGUUAUGUGUGUUACAAGUGUGAGGUGACACUGGAGGUUUCUGAUCUAAAGGAAAUUAAGUGUGAUGAGGAAUAUGUCACGGAUGACUUAGCUAUCCAUGGAAUACAGUGAUGAUGAUUCUGCUGUGCUUUAAAGAAAUAUUGUAACCUUCCAAAUGGUAUGUAACCAUUUGUUAACUUAUGAUUAUACCAUAGCAAAGAGCAACUCUUAAGUUUCAGUUCAUAAUUGUGCUAAUCUUUGUAAAUGUGAUAUGACAACUCUAUGGUAAGAAAGGGAACACCUGUUAAGAUUGAUCACCAACUUCUUAUGUAACUCAAAACCAUCCACAAAUCGUAUCAUGCACUAAAAGGCCUUAAAAUGCUGUCCAUCAGCCCUCUUGUCCCCUUGUCUGCAAGUAUGUGAAAUAAAGAAUAUUAUUUGAUU